GACGCGGCGGCGCUGGCGGCCGGGAGGCUGCUGCCGGCGCUGGGCCAGUGCGGUGGGGCGGUGCUGCGGGUCGUAUGGAGCGGGCUGGUCGCGGCCGGGGCGCCCUCGGAACCGGACUGCGUCAGGCCACAGCUGCUGGUGCUGAGCGCCCUGGCCGAGAGGCUGCUGCCCGAGCCCCGCGCCGACCGUGGUCCCGGAGCGGGCGAAGAGGACCCCGACGCGCGGCGCUGCUGGCGCUUCUGGAGGACGGUGCAGGCGGGGCUGGCGCAGGCCCAGGACGCCCUGACGCGCAAGCGAGCGCGCUACCUGCUGCAGAGGGCGGUGGAGGUGUCGGCGGAGCUGGGGGCCCACUGCACCUGCGGCCCCCAGGCAGGAAACGGCCCAAGUCUGUUUUGGUGGUCUGAGAAGAAGAAAGAUGAGCUUCUAAAGUUUUGGGAAAACUAUAUUUUAAUUAUGGAAACUCUAGAAGGAAAUCAGAUCCACGUUAUAAAGCCAGUUUUACCAAAGCUAAACAGUCUAUUUGAAUAUGCAGUGUCAGAAGAAAACGGGUGUUGGCUCUUUCACCCGUCCUGGCAUAUGUGUAUUUAUAAAAGAAUGUUUGAAAGUGAAAAUAAAAUCCUGACCAAAGAAGGUGUCAUCCAUUUUUUGGAGCUGUAUGAAACAAAGAUUCUUCCAUUUUCACCAGAAUUUUCUGAGUUUAUUAUUGGACCAUUAAUGGACGCACUUUCAGAGAGCUCUCUGUACAUCAGGUCCCCAGGCCAGCUGAUAGGAAGUGGUUCUCCAUUGGGAUUGAAAUUACAGAAGUUUUUAGUCACUUAUGUUUCUCUUCUUCCAGAAGAAAUGAAGAGUAGUUUCCUAUUAAAGUUUAUUCAGAAGAUGACAAGUAGACAUUGGUGUGCCAUUCCCAUUUUGUUUCUGUCUAAGGCUUUGGCAAAUGUCCCAAGAUGUAAAGCCCUGGGUAUAGAAGGGCUUCUUGCUCUCAGGGAUGUUCUUCAGUGCACUAUGAUCACCCAUCAGAUUCUACUGAGAGGGGCAGCUCAGUGCUAUCUUCUUCAAACAGCUAUGAAUUUGGUAGAUGUGGUAAGUUUAUCUUUUUUACUCAAGAUACUUCAGUUUACAAGUCUUUCUCUGUGAAUAAGUGUGCAAAAACGUCUCUGUGAUUGGUUGCGUGUUAAUGAAAGCUGUUUUAGGCGAGCCUCAGCUUCUAUCUCCAUUGGACUUCCUGAGACAUCCUUUUUAAAUGCUUACGUGAAGAACCUAGUUCAAGAGUAUAUUAAGUCACCUGCUUGGGAAACGGGAGAAGACUGCCUUAUGCCUGACUGGUUUGAAGCCAAGCUUGUGGCAAUGAUGGUCUUGCUGGCCGUAGAUGUGGAAGGAAUGAAGACUCAGUACAGUGAAAAGCGGAGAACACAGAAUGUAUUAAGGAUAUUCUUAGAUCCUCUUCUGGAAUCCCUUAUGAAGUUUGGUACAAAUGCCUACAUGCCCUUGCUGGAAACUGACAGAUGCCUCCAGGUCCUGUUGAAGUUAUUGCACACUUGCAUGUUGAAAGGUUCCAGUGCCCAAGAUGAUGAGGUGUUUACAUUCCUUCAGAGCUUUGUCAUGUCUGCCACCGAGAGCAUUUCCGAAUUUAUCCUCCGACGGCUUACUAUGAAUGAACUAAGUAGUGUUUCGGAUCUGGAUCGUUGCCAUUUAUACCUGAUGGUAUUAACUGAGCUUAUAAAUACCCAUUUGAAGGUUGGGUGGAAAAGAGGCAACCCCAUUUGGAGAGUUAUUUCUCCUCUGAAAAAUGCAUCCAUUCGGCAUCUUCAAGAGAUCGACAGUGGACAGGAGCCGACACUUGCCAGGCAGAUUCAGAGGGUCAUUAGUAUGGCUGCCUUGGCCAUGGUGUGUGAGGCUGUUGACCAGAAGCCGGAACUACAGCUCGACUCUCUGGAUGCCGGACCCAUGGAAAGGUUCCUCUCCUCUCUCCCGCUCAACCACACGCUGCAGAAGCCCCACACGGAGGAGCAGAGCAGUUUUUUUGAAGAAUCAUCAGCUUCCCAAGGAUGGGGGAAAAUAGUCGCACAAUAUAUUCACGAUCAGUGGGUCUGCCUCUCUUUCUUGUUGAGAAAAUAUCACACCCUUAUCCCAGCGUCGGAGGGUGACGUUCUGGAGCCCAUCCUGCCUGCUAUUCAGAUGCCCGUGAGGACUCUGCAGUCCGCGCUAGGAGCCCUCACAGUCCUGCCUUCGGACCAGGUUCAGCCUGUGUUCCACUGCAUGAAAGUUCUGGUUCCCAAGCUUUUGACCUCCUCUGAAUCACUCUGUGUAGAGUCUUUUGACAUGGCUUGGAAAAUUGUAUCUGCGUUAAGCAAUACUCAGCUGAUAUUCUGGUCUAAUUUAAAAGCUUUUGUUCAGUUUGUUUUUGAUACCAAAGUUCUUACCAUUGCUGCGAAAAUCAAGGGCCGGGCAUAUUUCAAAAUAAAAGAGAUUAUGUACAAGAUAAUUGAAAUGUCUGCUGUAAAAACUGGAGUCUUCAAUAUACUCAUAAGUUAUUGCUGCAAAUCUUGGAUAGUUUCUGCUUCAAAUGUGUCCCAAGUAUCUUUAUCAAGUGCUAAAAAUUAUAGCGAACUUGUCCUUGAGGCUUGUAUAUUUGGAACUGUGUUUAGGCGUGAUCAAAGACUUAUUCAGGAUGUGCAGACCUACAUAGAAAAUCUCGGACAUGAUUGUGCAGCAAACACAGUUAUUGAAAAUACUAAAAGAGAAGACCACUAUGUGAGAAUUUGUGCUGUCAAAUUCCUGUGUUUAUUACAUGGCUCAAAUGUGUCUCAUAAGUUGUUUAUGGAAGAUCUUGCAAUCAAGCUAUUAGAUAAAGAUGAGUUGAUGUCCAGGUCCAGAACUCGGUACUAUGUGAACUCCCAGCAGCACCGGCUGAAGAACCGGAUAUGGCAGACGCUGCUGGUGCUUUUCCCCAGCUUUGAUCAGAAUUUCUUGAAUAGAAUUAUUGACAAGAUUUUCCAGGCUGGUUUCAUCAAUAAUCAAGCAUCCAUAAAAUAUCUUAUAGAAUGGAUUAUUAUAUUGAUUCUUCAUAAAUUUCCUCAAUUUCUUCUGAAGUUCUGGGAUUGUUUUUCUUAUGGUGAAGAAAACUUUAAGACAAGCAUUUGUACAUUUUUAUCCGUUUUGUCACAUUUGGACAUCAUCACUCAAAAUAUUCCAGAAAAGAAACCAAUUCUGAAGCAAGCCCUUAUUAUCGUGCUGCAGUGGUGCUUCAGUCACAACUUCAGUAUCCGACUGUAUGCCUUAGUCGCUCUUAAGAAGAUCUGGAGCAUGUGUAAGACCCUGCACAUUGAAGAAUUUGAUGCUUUGACUUCUGUUAUUGAAUCCAGUCUCAACCAGGUGGAAAGCAUGCCUGGAACAGGGUAAUAUGGGAUUAUUUCCUUUUCCUUCCCAGGUUCUCACUCGGGCGAAGCAGCUAGCCAGUCAGAGUGGAUGGAUGUUCAGAAGAAGAUUAUCCCCUGGAAAAAUAACACUCCAGAUUUAGAUCUGGAGCUAGUAUUUCAGGAUCGUGUCGCCAAACUUGGAAAGUCGAUUAGCAAACUAAUUGUAGUGGCCUCGCUCAUUGAUAAACCAACUAACUUAGGAGGGCUGUGCCGGACCUGCGAGGCGUUCGGGGCCUCGGCGCUCGUGGUGGGCAGCCUGCAGUGCAUCAGAGACAAGCAGUUCCAGGGCCUCAGCGUCUCAGCAGAGCAGUGGUUGCCGUUAUUGGAGGUGGGUGGAAAUAUUAGUAAAACGCUGGUUUGCCAAAAUCUUCUGCAGUCCUCUGUCUUCUAUCAGUCCUCUUGCAGUACUUCAUAGUUGUCCAGCCUUUAAUAGCUUAAAAUAAUACUCAAAGGAAAAAAUACCCCCCUCUGUUCCCCCGUUGCUUUUAUGAUCUCUCACAUUAUUGUAUUUUUAGAAUUCUAUUCUGUAAAAUACGUCCUGUUGC